GAGUGGUCAGUAUCUGGCCAAAGCCUAAAAUGAGUUUGACACCCGUGAUUUAGAUGCUUUCUAGAUGCUUCCAUUGCCUCAGAUUAUGGAAAACAAUAGUUACGCAGAUGACACACAAUUCUACAUAAAUGUAUCAGCAGCGGAAUACAGCCGAAUACAAGUGGCUCAGAGCCUUUAAAUCCGGGUUAAAUACUUUUCUGUUUGCUGUUGCCUUUAAUUCACCAUUUAAAGAACUAAACUAAACUUCACUGCAACUUCUAUUUUUAGUUUCUAACGUAUUUCAUCUUCUUUUAUGUUUCAAUCAAUGUUCUUAACUGCUCAUAGAUCGUUGUGUGCAUGUUUUAAUGGUUGUGUGUGCAGCAGUCGCCUUGUUGGAAUGUGCUGUACAAAUCAAAUUGCCUUGAUGACGUCACCACAUGACCCGGAUCGGGAGGGGGUGACGAUUUUAGCCGCGUGCACGCUAGUUUAGCUGCGCGCGACUUACUACUACCGUUGCCGUAGUUACCUAGCACGACCAGCGGGCAGGAAGGAGGGAAGGAAGCGAGGAAGGAGGGAGGAGAAGAAGGAGGGAGCGGAGUUAGUCAGUGAUAGAGGGGAGGAGAGGAGGCGAGGCGGCGGCUUGUUCUGCCGAGGAGGACGUGGCGGGUCCGGCGGAGUUCAGCUACGAGGGACCGAGGAGGACAUCCAGCCAUGAACCGGACCGCCAGCAGGCUGGUCCCAGUCAGCUGUGGGCGGUAACCUCAGCAGAGACGCCUUGUUGGAUUGUCAGAGGACACGCCCCUUCGCCCCCCAUCCCCAGGACAGGUAGAUUUCUACAGAACAGGGCGGAGGAAAGCGUCGGCGCAACGUCGGCGCAACAAGAGUGAGGCGAGGAGGUUUAGCUCCGCCCCUCACCAUGACAGACUUGGAGGCGGACUGUCUCGCCCUGGGCCUGCCCCCCGAGUGUGGCUCCCCCCCGACUCCCCUGGACUGCAGCUCGGAGCCCGACUGCCCUGGGCUCGGCCCGCUGGCGGCGGAGAUCGCCGAGCCGCUGGCGAUGCUGCCGUGCGUGAAGAGCGAGCCGGAGGACGGUGACCUGGAACCCAUCAGGACCGUGGACCUGUCGGAGAUCCAGCCGCUGUCCACCGCCGAGCUGGGCCAGGACCAGAUCAAGAUGGAGAUCAGCGGGCUGGACUACAUCAAGUCAGAGCAUCACCACGGCGACCACCACCUGGGCCACUUCCACCACGGCGAUGUCACAGAGCUGGACUACAAGUCCCAGUACGAGCCCGGCUCCGUGUUCGACUACAUCUCCCAGGUGACGGACACCCUGGAGUACAUCAGGUCAGACCACCACGUGGACCUCCAGUGUUACUACACCACCGAGCUCAGCGCCCUGAAGUGCGAGUACCCAGAAUCCCACAGCGGGCCGAACCGCCUGCAGCCCAACAGCCUGGAGUCCAUCCACAUGGCCGAGCUGCGCACCGAACUCAACAAGCUGCGGCCCGACGCCCUGCUGCUGGACGCCAUGGGCAAGCCGGACCCAGAGUUCACAGGGGGGGCGGGGGCACCGUACGAGGCGGCGCCGGGCGAGGACGGGAAGGAGGCGGGGGGUUCGGGCUCGGCGGGCAAACACCAGAACCCGGCAGCGAGGAAGCCCCGCAACCCGCAGGGGGAGAAGCCCUUCUCCUGCGCGCAGUGCGCCAAGAACUUCAGCACGCUGGGGAACCUGAAGACACACCAGCGCAUCCACACCGGCGAGCGGCCGUACUCCUGCUCCCAGUGCGGCAAGAGCUUCGGCCAGGCCGGCAACCUCAAGCGCCACCAGCUCAUCCACACGGGCCAGAAGCCCUACGUCUGCGCCCACUGCCCCAAAGGCUUCACCAAGGCCGACGACCUGCGCUCGCACCAGCGGCUGCACACGGGCGAGCGGCCCUUCGCCUGCCUGGCCUGCGGCAAGAGCUUCGGCCAACCCAAGGAGCUGAAGGCCCACCAGCUGAGCCACACCGGCGAGCGGCCCUUCUGCUGCCAGCACUGCGGCAAGAGCUUCGGCAGGGAGUCGGGCUACCGCAACCAUGUGCAGAUCCACACGGGGGAGAAGCCCUUCACCUGCUCGCAGUGCGGCAAGACUUUCAGCAACUCGGGGGUGCUGAAGACCCACGAGAGGAUCCACUCCGGCGAGCGGCCCUUCGGCUGCACGCAGUGCGGCAAGAGCUUCGGCCGCCUGGGCCACCUGAAGGCGCACCAGCAGAUCCACACCGGGGAGCGGCCCUACGCCUGCCCCCACUGCGGCAAGACUUUCAGCCAGUCGGGUCACCUCAAAGCCCACGAGCAGAUCCACAAGAGGGAGCGGGGGGGCGACACGGCAAGCAGCUCCUCCUCCAGCAGCUCCUCCUCCAGCAGCUCCUCCUCUUCCUCCGUCAGCUCCGACAGCAGCUGAAACAAACUCCACCUGAACCGCUCGGAUAAACAAAGUAUUAUUCCUCUUUUUUUAUAAAUCCUAUAUAUAUAUAUAUAUACAUAUAUAUAUAUACAAGUUCUUUUUCUUACAUUUUCAUACCGUGUGUGUGUGUGUGUGCGUGUGUGUGUGUGUCUGUCAGGAAGAGGCGGGGCUUGAAGAUGAUCUUUGAACUGGUCCCAGUACUUUUUCUUAAGUACUUCUAAACAAGCACAAAAAUACGUCAUUUCUAGUACUUUAUCUGAAUGUGUUUUUUUUAAUACCGAAACCAGCAGGACCAG